CCAGCCUAUGGCUUGUAUCAAACUCUAUAUUUAGGAAGAACAACUGUGAGCUAUGACAGGAAUUCUCUUUAACACUUAGCCUUAAACCGAGCUCCCCUCUAGCCCCAAGCCAGGAGCGGCUCUCAGGAUCGGAGAGCCACAGAGCACUCCAGCUAUUCCAGCCACCUGAAACGCACUGGAAUUGAGAUCGCAGCUCAGACGACACCGGGAGUCCCUUCUACCCUCUAAAGAGCUUUGUGUUUUUGCACCUGGCUGCCUGGGACUGUCCUUAGGCAGUAAACAAAUCCAGAGAGCAGGUAAGCAGAAGGACCCAGCUUCGGCUCUCAGCUUUCUAGAGGAAAUUUCUUCAAUCACUCACUUCAAGGGAUAAGAUCUUGUGAAUAUGUCGAAACAGCCAGUUUCCAACGUCAGAGCCAUCCAGGCAAAUAUCAAUAUUCCAAUGGGAGCCUUCCGACCAGGAGCUGGUCAGCCCCCCAGAAGGAAAGAGUGUACUCCUGAAGCAGAGGAGGGGGCUCCUCCCACUUCGGAGGAAGAGAAGAAGCCAAUUCCUGGAGCAAAGAAACUCCCAGGACCUGCUGUCAACCUAUCGGAGAUCCAGAAUAUUAAAAGUGAACUGAAAUAUGUCCCCAAAACGGAACAGUAGUUCAAAGGGGGAAAAGGGUUGAUGUGAAGAACUAAGGAGAAAAAAAUGGAUUAAAAUAAAUGCACUUCUUAAAAAAUUUUA